AUGCAGCUUUUUACAGGAAAGGGUUCGAAAUUAUCAAGAAAUUUUCAAGCCGUCUCCGCCAGCACAUUAGAAUUGGAGUGUUUGGAGGAAGCGCGAUUCUGCGCCCGCGUCCAAGAUUCCAGAGAUUUGAUCCUUCCGGAUUGCAUGAGCCGAGAAGGCGAUACAAUCUGCAUCAAAGAGGGAGAGCACAAUAAUUGUGGAAGUCUGCUCAAAACGGACGACGCAAAUCAUCUUUAUCAAAACGAAUUAUCAGAUCUGGAAGGAAACAGCGUCACGUGGAAAUGUGCCUAUUUCACCCCGCCUACCUGUUCAAUCAACCCGGCAGAUUGCCCUUUUGAAAAAAGCAGAACUCGUCGCGAAGGCGUUUUGGAUGAACCAACAACGAUGAUCAGCAUUGGGCCAAUUGACGUGUCGGAUGCGCUCUUGAUUGAUGGCACCGUCGAGGAGAUAAUUCACGAAAUUGAGGGCGAAAUUGGGGAGCAAGACGAAAGGAUUAAAAUCCAUCCUACUGUUCUGUGGAGCCUUGUUUCUGCCCUGAUCGUUAUCUUCAUCGCCAUCAUCGCUCUCUUCUUCGCCGUUCUCCGCUGGAUGCGACAAAAUCCCACGGACAAGUACUCGAUCAAUGGAAGCUCUGUGAUGCUACAGAACUCUCCUCGUGGAUCAAUGACUUCUGUGGAAACAGUGAGCGCCUGA